CUAGUGUACAGCGUAAGCUUGCAACGUGGCGCUGGCUUUACUGUCACUUUCCGGCGCUGCAAGCAGCCAAUAGGAAGCCUUGUUACGCUUCGAGUUGAACUCAGUCUUUAUGUUUCGAGCAACGCGAGUGGCCGAAGGUACCACUUGAAGAAUUUCUGUAGUUGGUGCCUUUGGUUGAAACUGAUAGCGGUCAGCCGGCAGCUUUCAAAAAAUCAGUGUGUAGAUUUAGAAGCCAGACAGUCUUACUGCAAUGGACCUGCGUGCCUUUACGUGCUUGCUAUGUGUAUAUGCUGGAGUGGUCGUUGCGAAGCCAACCUACAAGAAAGAGAGGGUCCAUGUGGAAUCCGAGUUAAGCAGAGAUCGCCACGAAGACAACCAGAGUUAUCGAUACGAUCACGAGGCCUUUUUGGGCAAAGAAGAAGCCAAGACAUUUGAUCAGUUAACCCCCGAAGAGAGUAAAGACCGACUAGGAAAAAUUGUAGACCGAAUAGAUAAUGACAACAAUGGUUAUGUCACUGUUGAAGAGCUGAAAAAUUGGAUUAAAAGAGUACAGAAGCGAUAUAUUUAUGAAAAUGUGGCUAAAGUUUGGUCUGAUUACGAUUUAAAUAAAGACAAUAGAAUUUCUUGGGAAGAAUACAAACAAGCCACAUAUGGCUACUACCUUGCAAAUCCUGAAGAGUUCCAAGACACUAAUGACCAGUUUAGCUUCAAAAAAAUGUUACCCCGAGAUGAAAGAAGGUUCAAAGCAGCUGAUCUUGAUGAAGAUUUGGCAGCCAGCAGAGAGGAGUUUACAGCAUUUCUUCACCCUGAGGAGUUUGAGCAUAUGAAGGACAUUGUCGUUCUUGAAACACUGGAAGAUAUAGACAAAAAUGGUGAUGGAUAUGUGGAUGAAGAUGAGUACAUUGCUGACAUGUUUUCUCAUGAAGAAGGUGGGCCAGAACCUGACUGGGUAAAAACUGAAAGAGAACAGUUUUCAGAUUUCAGAGACACUAAUAAAGAUGGAAAAAUGGACAAAGAUGAAAUUCGACACUGGAUUCUUCCUCAGGACUAUGAUCAUGCUCAGGCUGAAGCGAGACAUUUGAUGUAUGAGUCAGAUACAGACAAGGAUCAAAUAUUAAGUAAAGAAGAAAUCUUAGAAAAAUGGAACAUGUUUGUGGGGAGCCAAGCAACAAACUAUGGAGAGGAUCUCACCAGAAACCACGAUGAACUUUAACUCUGGUUUACUUCUGAGUCCCUUUCUUGCCAGAAACUGUAUGUGGAGUACAACUAGGCACUUUUCAACAGUAUUUUAACUGACUGCACCAGCACAGUGGCAAAAGUUUUUUGUUACCUCAGAUUAAGUGGAAAGUGACCUUUAGCUGCUUACAUGUAGGUUUGAGCCACGCCAGCAUAACUUUUGUGAUUGUGUGCUGCAGCCUCUUCUCUUUCUAUUUACUAAGCUGCUUUUUUUGUGUCUCUGGAAAUAUGAUAUGGAUUUCUUUUCCUUAGUCAUUUGGAGAUUUUAUGGGGUUGACAUCUUCAAGAUAAGACACUUCAAUUCAGGUGAAUCCAUAUGCAGUUUUUAGAGUGAUGUAUAGUAAUAUGUUUAUUAAGCCUUAUUUUUUGUAAUAAAUCUAUAAUGCAAUGCCAUUUUUACAAUUUAUGUACAACUUUGCAAUACUUCUGUGCAACAUCCAGAGUGGGUUAUUGUUGCUUUUAGUAUUCCUUUUUUUGUGCUUGAUUUCAAUGUUUUGUCCCACUGUGUGUUUUCAGUGUUAACUCCAUCAUCCUUUAAUGGAACAUUUCUUAACAUAUGCAGCAAAAUGUUUAACGUAUAUAAUGUGAAUCUUCAGGAAAUUAAAUUAUCGAAAUAUGUUUUGAAGCCCAGAGCAUGAUGUUUCUAGAAACUAGAUAUUCAGUCCAGUAGGAAUAUACCACUUUAUGACUCGUAUUUAUUCUUGUUAUGUUUCAUAUAUCAUAUAAAAUUCAGAAAUUCUGUUGUGACUAAGUAUUUACAGUGGCACAAGUCUUCCUCUAUAUUCACACAAGAAAUUCUGUUGUCUGUAAAUGGUUUCUUAUCACUGACAUCAAAAUAAUUCCACCCAACCCAAGCAAUUAUAAAGGUUAGAGAAUCCUUUGAUGGUAAAUAUUUAUAUAGAAUACACAUUCCUAAUCAAAAAUAAAUGUUUUCCAUAACAUAUACAGUAUAUAACAGUAACUGAGCAAAAUUUUUUUUCCUGUCAACUAGUAAAAACCACAAAUGUACAUUACAGUAACAAACCCAUUUAGUAACCUUUUCCUCUUUCUCAAUUGCACUAAGGAACAAACGUACUUGGUUUUUCCACACUAUAGAAAUGCAUAAAAGAACUAAUCCUGGAUAGGUAAUCCAUUCUGUAGCUCCAGAUACUUUUGUAUUGUUGAGAUGUGGUCAAAAAGUGGAAGAUAACUUUGAAAAAGAAAAAAUCUUAGAGGGUUGUGAAGGUUAGAAAAUUUCCAUACAAUAUAUAGCUUUGUAGAACUCAAAAGUAAAGUCUGCCAACACCAGCACUAUAGUAUGUUCAUAAAUUGCACAGUAUAAAAUACAAUAAAAUGCUAAUAUAGUGAAACUAAAAAUUGUGAUGAGAAUGGUCAACUUGUAUUUUUUAAAAUUUCUUUAGAGCUAUGAUUCUUAGAACAUAUGAUGACCCUUAGUGUAAAUAUGGUUUGCUUCUUACUAAAGGCAACAUUUUAAAAUUUGUAUAAUUGAUUCAUGUGUUUUAUUAAUGCACGUGUAAAAUAACUAAGUGUAUAUAAUGUUGACUUUAAUUGGCUUAGUGAGUGUCUUAAGUUUGUUUAUAAUUGUCCAGCGUUCUGUUGCCUGUUUCUUUACCAUCCCUCACCCAAAAGUCACCCAAAAUUAUCUGAGGAGCACAGAAUGUCUUCCAGUUUGAGAAUUGUGAUUGGUUGGUAUGUUGCUUGUUUAACUUCGUACAGUAAAAUCAUGUAUCAUUUGUUAAGCUUUUUUUUUUUUUUUUUUGCUUUUAAGGCAAAGUACACUACACUGUUUUAUCAUAUUGCAAGAAGCAUGUGAUCCAUGUAAUGUCAAGACUAAUGUUUGCUAUCAUAUUGUACUUGUGUUAUUGAGUUUUACAUCAGUUUGUAAAUGAAUCAUUUUUUGUAGUUCCCACUUACCUUUUUAUAAAUUGACUGAUAUUUUGUCAUCCUAAA